AUGCCCAUCGCCGGCUUGGUCCCGUCAUUCGCCUGGGCCCAAAUGAGCUCAGCGUCGAUGGCCUUGAGAACGUCCGCACCAUCUACCAGGGUGGUUUUGAGAAGCCUGCUUGGUACUCGGUCUUUGACAACUAUGGGUAUGGCAAGAGAUUUGAAGAUGAGAGUGAGGGCCUUCGCUUACACAACACCGUUGAAAUUCCUACCAAUUCUUGAGGCCUCGAGAGACGAGACUCAGAAUCCCCGUGGUAUUGAUAUCUACUCGGUCUUCAUGGCAGCGACCAUGGAUUUUAUAGCGGCCUACAUCUUCGGACUCAAGAACGGCACCGAUUUCCUCGGCGAUAAGGCGUUUCGAGACCACUUCCUCGAGCUGUACAAGGCUCGUAACGAUUACGGGUACUACGAUCAGGAGAUGCCCCGGCUCACUAAGCUCUGCCGCAGAUUCGGCAUCCCCCUCUGUCCCAAGUGGGCGGACAAGGCCAACGAGGAACUUGGGAAGUGGUUCCAGCGUCUCUGUACCACAAUGGAACAUGCCGUCGACUCCCAUCACCUCCCAAUCGGACCCUUGGAUCAACCUGUCGUCUGGGAUUCUUUGAUCAACGGUUUGCGAAAUGAAGAGACCAAGCGGGGAAAGGCUUCGGUGUUGUAUCCGACGGCUCUGUCUAACUUCAAGCUAUCGGUUGCUUCUGAGCUAUUCGACCAUGUCCUGGCCGGACAAGAAACAGCCGGUUUGGCCUUGACCUACCUCGCAUGGCGGUUGUCCCAGUCGUUUGAACUUCAGGAGCAGCUCCGGGCGGAACUGUUGAGUCUCUCACCCAAUAUGCGGCUAACGGGAAACAGUACCUCAGCCAUGCCAGACAGCAAGCAGCUAGACAGCCUCCCAUUGCUUCAUGCCGUUCUCACCGAAACCCUUCGGCUUCACGCUCCGAUCCCCGGCGCACAGCCUCGUCAAACACCGGAGUUGGGUUGCCGAAUUGGGGCUUACGCAGUUCCAGGGGGUGUCAGGGUAGCUGCUUUGGGGUACACUCUGCACCGCGAUGAAGCCGUCUUUUCUGAACCGAACAAGUGGGACCACACUCGAUGGCUUCCUUCCCAUUCUGAUGAAGAAACCUUGAAACAGAGAAACAGACAAUUCUGGGCUUUCAGUUCAGGGGGUCGGAUGUGUAUUGGGUCCCAUUUUGCCAUGCACGAGAUGAAGCUCAUCGUUGCUGCCAUUUACUCAAAUUAUACUAGUCAUAUCGUCGACGACGAUGGUAUGGAGAACCAGUCGGAUGGCUACACCAGUCGGCCCGAGAAGGAACGGCUGUUUCUGCGAUUCGAAAAGGCAGUCUAG